AUGUUCGCACAAGACUCCCAGCGCCGUCACGUUGCGAUCAAGCUGAUACCGAAUAAGACGGACGAGCUGCAUAUCCUGAAGUUUCUCGGCCGGCAGAGCCUAGAAACUCUGAAGGACAAUUGCAUAGCUCCUAUCUUGGAGUUUCUGUCAAUAGACGGGUCGAAUUGCUGUUUCGUGGUGAUGCCUAGGUGGGGGACAGACAUUCAUUUACCACCUCCAAACACACUGCGAGAUGUGUUGCAGAUCAUCCACUCAAUGCUGAAGGGAUUGGCAUUUCUCCAUCGGAACAAUGUACUUCAUCGAGACACCUCCAUGACGAACGUCCUCGUGAACCAUUUCUCCAGUGACAUACCGUCCAACAACAACCCGAUACGGGUAAAGCUACGCGACUCGGGACAUCUGUUAUAUGCCCUCUUCGACUUCGAUAUCUCGAUUAUUGUACCCGCUGACAUCAAGAGGGAGGAGUAUAGGCUUCCGUACACGAUGUCCUGGUGGGGAUGGACACGGCCAUAUGAUACCGCACAAGGCGAGUUCGAUUACGACCCUUUUUCGUUCGAUGUGGGGUGCCUCGGGCGUGUAUUCUGCACUCCCUAUCAGGCGACAGGAUUUGCCAAUGCUUGCACCCUUUCUCGAUCGCAUGGCGGACCCGCAAUAUACCUCAGCACUUCACCUCCGGCGAGGCACUCGCAUUCUUCGAGGAUAGGCUCGCGGAACUUAGCGAGGCGCACAUCCAGCGACCUUACCAUCCGCCAGAUCAUGCACUACACAGGACUUAUGACGAAUAUGACAGAUGGGAACAUGUAUCUCCUGAGUUUGCGCGGAGGUGGGCCAUAUAUCGAGAGCCGCCCAUCCUUGCUAUGA